UAGUACUAACAGAGCUCUUUGACUAAGCGAUACUGACCUACUUUGACAUGUUCCAUCGUAGCUCGAAAAAGCGAAACUCGAGCAGAUGGCUUUCGACAGUGGAUGACCCAGAGAAAGGGCAACCUUGUAAUGCAUGUGGAGACCAGUGUCCUGGGUUAGCAUUACAUAAUUGGAGAAAGAUCUGUCUUCACUGCAAGUGCCCACGUGAGGAACACAUCGUGACGGUGAUGCCUUUAGAAAUGGAGAAAACGGUGAACAAACUUAUGUAUGAUUUUCAGAGGAACUCCACAUCUGAUGAUGAUUCUGGCUGUGCUUUGGAGGAAUAUGCUUGGGUUCCUCCUGGUUUGAAGCCUGAACAGGUUCACCAAUACUAUAACUGUCUCCCAGAAGAUAAGGUUCCAUACGUUAACAGCCCUGGAGAAAAAUAUAGAAUCAAACAACUGCUACAUCAACUACCACCACAUGACAAUGAGGUGCGUUACUGCAAUUCACUUGAUGAAGAAGAAAAGAAAGAACUGCGUCUUUUCAGUACUCAAAGAAAAAGAGAAAGUUUGGGACGAGGCACUAUUAGGCCAUUCCCUAUAACUAUGACUGGUGCAAUUUGUGAGCAGUGUGGAGGACAAAUCAAUGGUGGAGACAUCGCUGUUUUUGCUUCACGAGCAGGCCAUGGAGUUUGCUGGCAUCCUCGAUGUUUUGUCUGCACCACAUGUAAUGAACUAUUGGUGGAUCUGAUUUAUUUUUACCAAAAUGGGAAAGUAUACUGUGGGAGACACCACGCUGAAUGUUUGAAACCUAGAUGUGCAGCAUGUGAUGAGAUCAUCUUUGCAGAUGAAUGCACAGAAGCUGAAAGUAGACACUGGCAUAUGAAGCAUUUCUGCUGCUUUGAAUGUGAAACUGUUCUAGGAGGCCAAAGAUACAUUAUGAAAGAAGGUCGACCCUAUUGUUGUAACUGCUUUGAGUCUCUUUAUGCUGAAUAUUGUGAUACGUGUGGUGAACACAUAGGUAUUGACCAAGGGCAGAUGACAUAUGAUGGUCAGCACUGGCAUGCCACAGAGAUGUGUUUCUGCUGUGCACGUUGCAAGAAGUCAUUACUUGGACGACCUUUCCUACCAAAACAAGGACAGAUAUUUUGCUCCAGAUCCUGCAGUGUUGGGGAAGAUCCCAGUGGCUCUGACUCUUCAGACUCUGCAUUUCAGAGUGCACGAUCAAGAGAAUCUCGGCGCAGUGCUAGAAUAGGUAGAAACAGCAAUAAAGUAGAAGAUAAAAAUGUAAGACCAAAUAUAUCACAAGCAGCAAUGAACAGAUAUUCUACAGAUAUUGAUCCUCUUUCUCAACAAAUGGAUAUGCUAAGUCUUGCUAGUCAAGCGACCAGUUUGAACAAAGAGGGUCUAUGGAAAAUCAGAGAUGUCUACCAGUUUGAAGACGACUCUACCGAGAGAGCUAAAUUUGUGGAAAGACCUUCUCAAUCUCUAAGUCAGUAUAGUGUGAGGAAUGAAUUUAAUCCAACACAUUGCGUAAGCAAUCAGAGUGAUUUAUGGGGGAAAGAAUUUAAUGCAAAGAGAAGUUCAACUGCUGCCAUGAAAGAUCAUAGUGAUAGUUUUAUCCAAGAAGAUAAAGAAGAUUAUUAUCCUUCAGCAGUCAGAACUCAAGAAAGCUUUAGUAGUGCAUCAAGCCAUAGUGUUACUGAAUCCCGAUCAAAUCCAACUGUACCAGGAUAUGAGAUCGAAAGAGAAUUGAUUUCUCAUCAGAGUCGAACCAGACAUCCAAUCAGUGCACUUAGUUUUACUGAUCAACUUACCUUUCUUGAACAAACCCCGAGGGAAUCAGUAGAAUCUCUUGCACUUUCAAAUGCAACAGGAGCUUCUGUGGAAGGUGGUGCCAGACGCCAGGAGCAUUUGUCCAGGUUUUCAAUGCCUGACUUGAGCAAAGACUCUGGCAUGAACGGAUCAGAAAAACUUAGCAACAUGGGUACACUUAACUCUUCUGCUAGAUUUAGAAGCACAGAAUCCAUUAGAAGCCUAAACUCAGCCCAGCAAUACCAGGAUUUGCAGCCACCCUUGGAUAGACUCAGGCACCCUUUGCAGUAUCGAGAAUUAUCGACUCAAAGAAGAAUGCCGCCAGGGUUUGAUUGUCCAGACGGUGCCAUAAGUAACAGAAUGCAAACUAGCAUGAAUGCUAGAAUUGCACCCAUGAGCGAACGGACCCAGAGACGGAUGCAUAAUCGUGAGAAUAACUCUCGCCAUCAUCGUCAUAAGCCAAGGAGAUCCAGACGAUCUCGUUCUGAUAAUGCUCUUCACCUAGCUUCAGAUAAACGUUAUCAACUAAGAGACAGGUCUCAAAUGUUUUCAGGUGAAGACUAUGAACAAUUAAUGAUGCGAAGAAGAAGCAGGGAUGCAUUUGGAAAUGGCCAGUUGAGAGAUCCAUACAAUCGUUAUCCUAGAACUGCCUCUGACCUGACAUUGCAAAAUCAAGUAGGUGAUAAAUUGCUCAGACCUUAUUUUAAUGACCAUGAUGAUUGGUGUUCUACCUGUUCCUCAUCUUCAGAGUCUGAGGAAGAAGGGUACUUCCUAGGGCAACCUAUUCCACGCCCUGUUCAGCUUCGCCCCAUCACUAGCGAUGAAUUUAUGUAUGGUUAUAAUUCACCUGUUCCUAUAUCAUCCAACCUGAGUGGCAGGUACCAAUCACAUUAUAGGAAGAGACAAAAAAGCAAGAACUGCAUUAUCUCAUAAUUUUUUGCACAAUUUAUUUCCAGCAAGAAUGUAAACGAAUAGAAGUUGCACUCAAAUUAAUUAUUAAGAAAUUAACAUUGGC